UUAUUCAAAGACAGGAACAAUAAAAGAGAUAGUUCAAAGAAAAUUUAGUGCGCCUGUUGCCAAAUUUACUUAUAACCUGGUAGGUCAAUAGAUAAUGAUUUUAAAAUAGUUUUUAAGGUAUUGUGGUAAUUCAAUUUAGAUAUUGGAGUAAUUCUAUUUCGGUAUUCGUGUAUUUUUAUUUGUAUGAUGUGUGAGGUCUAAAGUUAAUUACCUACAAAAUAGCGUCUAUUUAUUAUCAUUGAGCAUGAAUUACUUAAUUUUUUACAUUAUUUCAGCAUUAUUAAAAAAAACCAACUAUCUUUAUUAUUUCCAAGUCCAUUAAUUGUGCCAAGCUAUUGAAUUUCAUGGUGCAGGUUUUCUACACAAUAUUUCUUGGAUUUUAUGGUAUUCUGCUGCUGUCACAACUAGAAUCAGGGACUUAUCAUUGGCUGGAGUGGCUUUUGGUGGCUUGGAUUGGCAUAUUCAUCUUGCAGUUGAUUCUUUCAUGGGUAAGUCUGCUAUGUAUUUUAUCAGCCUUGAAUAUAUAUAUAUAUAUAUAUAUAUAUAUAUAUAUAUAUUAAAUACACCUCUGAGAUCACUACGCAGUAAAUAAGGAGUCUUCUAUUAACUCUGCUGCAUGCUGCAUCGCAUGAAUAUUAUUAAAGAUAUAUUGAUUUUAAAAAAAAAAAAAAAAAAUUGUUCAUUUGAAUUUGACAUUUUCUAUUUUUAAUUUGAUAUUCUGUUUGUGUCGACCUAAUUUGAAAAUGAUACAAUAUAACUUGAUUAAAUUUCAAAUACUUUAAAAUGCUUUAACAUAAUAUUUUUUUUUAAAUAAUUGAAAAUGUAAAAAAAAAUCUUUAUAUUUUUUAAUUUAUAUCUGUUCUUUAGAUUACGGGCAGUUUCCGAAUUGAUGAUGUGUUCUGCAUACUCGAUGUAUCUUCUUUGCUCUUCUACCUUCUGGCAUUCGGUUUGAGGGUUGCCGCAAAGGAAUUGUCCGACAAUAAGGAUUUAAUGGAGCCAGCUCGCGUGUUUUACAGCCUGGAUUAUAUUUUAUUUGCCUUACGGCUUUUGAAAUAUUGUUAUGGAAGUGAGUUUCUUGGACCUCUGAUAGCCAUGAUGAUUGGAAUGGUAGGUAAAUCUAUAGAUUUAAAGUUGUUUUUUGUGUGUAAAUUAGUAUAUAUUGAAGAAUGAUUUUUAUGAAGCAUUUCUAUCAUCACAAUAGGAGCUUGCAUAUGGCUAAGAGCGAUUUGUCUUACGGCAAAUAAAAAAAAGUCACACAUUUACAAAUGUUAAAUUAUCUGCAUAUGCAUAUAUAUAUAUAUAUGUGUGUGUAACUGUAACCUCUUCAAACACGCUUUGUGUGAUGUAUAUGCACACAUAUGCUGUACUUCAUAUAAUGUUGCAAUAAAUUUGAUAACAUCCUAAAUUGUUCUAACAAAAACAGACCUCAACGAUGACAAAGUUCCUUGUGAUAUUACUGAUUUGUUUCUUGGCCUAUGUGGUCUCCUCGGAGGCAGUCCUCAACCCCAACUCUGAGAUUAACUGGAAGUUGUUGUAUUUUGUGUCGCGCAAAGCAUUUUGGGGCAUGUUUGGUGAUUACCAUUUAGACGAGAUUGAAAACCAAGGUACCCUAGAACAAUCGCCAUGAGUCUAAUUAGUUAGAAGUACAAAACCAAGGUACCCUAGAACUAUCGCCAUGAGUCUAAUUAGUUAGAAGUACAAAACCAAGGUAACCUAGAACUAUCGCCAUGAGUCUAAUUAGUUAGAAGUACAAAACCAAAGUACCCUUGAACAAUCGCCAUGAGUCUAAUUAGUUAGAAAUACAAAACCAAGGUACCCUAGAACAAUCGCAAGGAGUCUAAUUAGUUAGAAAUACAAAACCAAGGUACCCUAGAACAAUCGCAAGGAGUCUAAUUAGUUAGAAAUACAAAACCAAGGUACCCUAGAACAAUCGCCAUGAGUCUAAUUAGUUAGAAAUACAAAACCAAGGUACCCUAGAACAAUCGCAAGGAGUCUAAUUAGUUAGAAAUACAAAACCAAGGUACCCUAGAACAAUCGCCAUGAGUCUAAUUAGUUAGAAAUACAGCUAUUAAAUUUCAUAUUAAUCAUUUACCAUUGUUAAAGACAGUUUUGUUUUGAAUAUUUUUCUUUCUUAACGAUCAAACUCCUCCAGUAUUUUACUCUUGAUUUUGAAGUGUGUUUAUGACGUGUUUAUUUGAGAUUUAACAACCCUAUAACCUACAGACAAACGUACAAGAAACAUGUUGAUACAUACUUGAACAUUAACAGAUACCAGUAAUGCAACCUGUACGAACGACCCUGAGUUGUACAAAAAUUACCUGCAGCCGAGAUGCCCAUCAGAAGUCGGUAGAUAUUUCGUGCCGAUUGUUUUGGGUGUCUUUAUAGUCCUUGUCAACCUGAUGCUCUUCAAUUUGAUCAUAGCGAAAUUCAAGUAAGUUUAAGAUCCACUGUCAUAUGAUCUAAUUAAAAUCCAAAUAGAUAAAGGGCUGAGCCUACUAUGGAUUAAUUUCCAGAUUCCGUCAGUCAAUCACAUUAUGCUAAAUAUGAAUUUAUAUUAUACAAAUCAAAAAGAUAUUUAAAUGUUGAUUGUAACAACGAAUUAUUGAUAGGGCACACAUGUUAAGUGAAUCUCUGUUUAUAUAUAUAUAUAUAUAUAUAUAUAUAUAUUAUAUAUAUAUGUAUUUAAAAAAAAUAAAUAAUAUGAUCAUUCUGGUACCUCUGUUUGUAGAGGGGGUUAGCGAUGUUUGUGUGGAUGGUUUUGAAGAGGAUAUUUCAAUGGCUGCAAGGGCCACUCAGCGAUGAUGCUAGGAAAUUGGGGUCGGAAGGCAGCUGGCAAUGUUUCAGCCCGUCAUUGAGCAUGUUACAUUUUAGUUUCAGUUUACACUAAACCAGUCCUUGCACCGUCUAACGGUGUAUGUAAUGCCUAUCCUGCACAUCCAACUCCAAGAGAGCUCAACAUGUCAUAUAAAUUGUGAAAGAGAUAGAAACAAACUAGUGAAGUUGUUAGAUUUGAAAUAAUGUUUUUGAUGUGUUUUGAUUAAAGAGCAUCUUUAAAGUUUACAUCCAUGUGUACUUCAUGGCCGACUUAAAAGUUGUCCAAUUUGUUCGUUCUUUUUUUUUUUGGUUAAUGAAUAUUUUUAUUUUUUAAAAAAAAAGCUGUAUUCCUGAUUAUACGAAGUCUGAUAAUAAUAAUAAAAUUAAGUAUCUACUUUAAAAUGUCUUACACACACAACGAACACAUAUUUUAAUCCAGAUUACACGAAGUAUGGGCUUAAUUAAAAAAAAAAUUAAGUAUCUUUCUAGAAAGAAUGCCAUUACAUUGAGUCGUUUCGAAACAUUAUUGUUGGGUGUUACUGAAUAAUUUAUAAAUCUGAAAUUUGUUUUUAAAUAUAAUAACAAAAUAAGAAAGAUAAAACUGUAAAACAGAUUAUUAUUUUUGUUUUAAAUUUGUUUCAGUUCAAUAAUCACUGAUAUUGAACUAAGAUCACUCCACAUCUGGAAUCACCAAAUGUUUCAGCUCGUCAUUGAGUAUGAUCAAGCUCUAAUCCUGCAGCCACCACUUUUCUUUCUACCCAUCAUCUUGUAUAUGAUCAACUGCAAACAAUGUUUCAACAGUGAGUUGGCCGAUGAAGUUUCUAAAAAAAUAAAUCUUUUGGGGGUCUACAUCACCGUGUUUUAUAUUCAUAAAUGUAUUUACGAAUUAUAAAUAAUGAUUUUAAAAUAUACAAAGCCUUUAUCGGGAAUAAGAAAUUAAAAAAAACAACAACAAAGUUCUGACCACCAACAGACAGAGAAACUUGCAAAUUGUACACAGUACGGAUUCUUAAUCCAACAUUUAUAAAUGCCAUGUAUCAAAACAGACCACAUCAAAAUAACAGAAAAUAACAAUACAGACAGUAAUAGCUUUAGAAUACAAAAUUAUAGCAUCCUAUCUAAAGGAUAUAAUACAAAUUUACACAGAUGGGUUGGUUUUCAAAGGAACAUGCAUUGAGGCUAGGCAAUUGUUUAAGAAUAGAAUACAAAAACCAAUAAUGAGAUGAGCUUUGCAACACAAAGGGGAGAACUGCAGUAAUUAUGUAGCAAAAGCGACUGCUAUUGAAGCAGCAUUACGCUACCAUAAACAACAGGCAACGACCUAAAUUCAAAUGAAGACCAUCUGUGGAGAGUGUGUGCAUUCUUCACAAUGACCACAGGCCGAGAGGCCCGAGCCCAAAUGACCACUCGAUCUGAAUGAUUAUAAUAAUAACAAAUAAGAUCAAAUUAAAACAAAUAAUACGCAUUAAAAAAUGAAUAAAUCCUUAGUUAUUAAUCAAUUUUGAUUUCAAUAGAUCAAGUCAGUGCGGCACCUCCAGAAUGCGACGAGGUCUUUGAAAAAGAUGUUGUACUUUAUCUUAAGCAUCAAAUUGAUGAUGGACGGUAAGUCUAACAAUUACUAGAAAAAUUAUGUUUUUAAACUAAAUAUAAAUGUAUAGGUUUAAAUAGAAGGUUCAGAUUUUUAUUAUGAAAUUAAUUUGUGCCGCUCAACUGCAAUUUUUUGUUUUCGUUGUAAACUAAGGUAAGUUAGUUUCCUAAAGUGUUACCAACAAUCCUGGGACACGACAUCCACUAUGUACACCAGAUCUUGUAAAAAAAUGGUGAAAUAUCAUUUACUUUUAAGACCAAACGGUCACAUUUAGCCAUACCAGCUUUGUGUCCAGAAAAGAAAAUUUAGUUAAACUUCAAUGAUCCACAGAAUGGCACAUGCUGCUAAAAUUUCACUUGAUUAACUUGUUGCAAAUGUUUAAUCCCGACAAUAACACAAUAAUGUCCUUUUUAGCAAAAAGCUAAAGGACUUAUCGAUUUCUUGGGGGGGGGGGGUUGGGGGGAAUGAGAUGAAGAUUUAUUCUUUACUUACAACUUUAAAUUUAAAAGCUUCACGUUCACUUUUUUCAAGGGGAUAUUGUUUUUGAAUGCAACAUUGAAGAAACAAAACAGUACACUCUUUGUUUAACUUUAUAAUUUAUUUAACAUAUUAUUACAGCUUUUUCAAACGUUUGGACACAUACAAGAGGAGUGGUAGGGAGGCUUUUAUUAUUUGAUUAAGAUAAUUGUUUGCAUAUUUUAUAUUAACAGAGGUGUUUAAUUAAUGUUUGUAUUAAUAAUUAGGCAGAUGUUUCUUUAAAUACACAAUCAAAUUAAUGAAAAAUUAAAAUAACUUCCGAAAUUAUAGUUAUGCACUUAAUUACAGAGAUAUUUUUUUUUUUUUUUACAAAUUAGUUCAACAUGUUUUAAAACAAUAAAAAUGUGUGUGGUGUUAAUUGCAUUUUCGUACUAUUUGAUAUCGUGUAACGUUAAAAAAGAGUACCACUAUUAGAAAAAUACUUUAAUUUUAAAUGCAUUAGUUGUUUUGUUUCUUUUAAUUGUUUAUUUUAACUUGUGAAACACCUUAUUUAUGUUCAAUUAAUAACAACUUUCUAUACAUUCCUACCAAUACAUAUUAGGAAAGCAAAAUCUCGAUAUGCUGCUUAGCACAUUUCAAGACACAACUGAUGAGCUGAAUAGGGUUAUAGCAGACGAACAAAGGUAUUAUUUAAAUAGGAUUUUAAAAAAAUAAAAUAAAAAUACAUAAAUCAAUUUGGUGGCCCUGUUAUCCAUAUGCGUUAUUUUAUGCGCCCCCACCACUAUUUUCAAACAUGUAUCGGAAAUUUAAAAUCAAUACAUCCAUUCCUGUGGCACUACAGCCCAUGUAAGGCGUUGGUCUGCCUCACCACUUCCUUCCAUUCAGACCUAAUUGAUCCUUUUCUUUUCAAUUCAUUGAUUCCCAGCUGCUGUACAUCGUUUUCCACAUCAUAGAUGAAUCUAAGCCUAUGUCUUUCUUUAAGCCAUUUUCAUCUUUGAUUUUGGUUGUGUCCCCCCCCCCCUUUUUUUUUUUUUUUAUUGUUUCGCCCCCCCAACCUCCCAUUUUUUUUUUUUUUUUUUGUUUUUUCCCCCCCCCCCUUUUUUUUUUUUCUAAGUGUCUCGCCAGCACAAUCUGCCAUUUUUUUUUUAUUUCUGCUACUUGCGUGGGAUCCUGGUAUAGACUAUUCAAUUCCUGAUUUGUUCGUAUAGUCCUUCCAUAUUCAUCCAUUAUAUGUCCAUAUCUUUCCGGAGUAUAUUCUCCCACAUGUGAUUAAUCGGUAUUAAAGGGUUAACCAGAGAACAAAUAAUGGAAACAUUUCUGUCAAAAGCGUUCCGUUUCUAUUUGGUUUGAUUAUUGUUUUUAUACAUUCGAGUGCUGGAGAGACCUGUCUUAAAAUAAUAAAUCCUACUAUAGGCAUGUUUAUUCAUUUCAGACAGAGGGGUGUCGUAGAAAGAUGGCAGACGGAAUCAAAAACAGAAUUAGACGAAAUGCGUAAUAAUAUAUUUUAAAUUUUAAUGAAUUUUUACUGCUUUAAUUUUUUUAUAGAUACAACUAUAAUAUUUAAUUUAAUAUUUUCGUGUAUUUUUUAAUGGAUUGCUACAUAACUCUUAUGCAAUAGCAUCUUAUUCUAAUGUAUUAAAUACUAAUUUAAAAGACUUCAAAUCAUGUCUAUUAAUUAUAUUUUGUAUAAACGCGCACAGAGCUAUUAGUAUGAAACAAUUGCAACUUAUGUAGAUUCAAUAUGUUGAUUUUUUUUACAUAUAAAAUAAACUUGCGUUGGAAUAUUUCAUGUGUAAUCAUUAUAUUCCAAUUUCUUAUUGUUUUGUCAUUAAAAAAAAAAUCGAGCACAAAAUUAUUUAUUAAGAUUCAUUAAUUAAUUCUUUGUCCCCUUAGAGAGAAAAAUUGCACAAAUACAGGACAUGUUCCAGAAAUCCAGUCGUAACAUGGAUACAUUGCUAGGAGCGAAAAAACUUAACACAGUAAAAAGUAAGAGUUUGUGAAAAUAUAAAUUAUUUUUAAAAAGAUUCGCGUCAUACUUUUAUCCAAUGAGUAUCAAAGGGAAAGAUAAUAUUGGUGCUAAAAAAACAUAAAUCAUUAUUUAUUACAGUUGAUUGUACAAUUUCCUUAAAAAAAAUAACUUCUGCUUCAUUUGUUUUUUUAUAUAUAUUUAGUUCCACUAUUUCAAUAUACUUUUAAGAGCAUUAAUUUGACAUUGGAUAUUAGCAUAAAACCAUGUUAUUAAUUAUCUGAAUUUUUAUUUUGUAUUUGCUAAAGUAAGGAACAUAAUAACGUCGUGUGAAUCAAUGUUAUAAAAAUUAUAAAGAGGUAAAUAUUUUGUAAUUUAUAAUACAUUUCAAGAUUUGUCUUAUUUGACAUGAAAAGAUUAUGAAGUGUAUAUUUGUGAUAAAACAACUUGCCUGAAUCAGAUCUUGAAAAAAAUUCAUGAGGAUAACUAAAAUGUUACAAAGCUAUUUGCUUAUUAUUUCAUUGCAUUGUAGUGUAUAUCGUUUAAUGGGUCGCUCUGGCCCACUCAGUUUUUUUCCUUGCAUGUCUUUGACGAUCGCAUACCCUCGUGUCUCAGGUUUGAGUGUUAGUGAACUUGAAAAGACACAGAAUGCAAUCAAAGAUUUACAGCUGUCCGUUGACAGUUCAACGAAUCAGUCACGUCAACAAGAUCAGAAGCUGUCAGACCAACUUAUCCAAAUUAAAGGUAAAUUAUUGUAUAAAAAUCACCUUAGCUAUUUGUGAAUGAUGAAUAACAAAACAUACCCAAUAAGGCUAGAUUGUUAUUGUUUUUUUAAAGCAUAACUUUCAGAUUUAUUUACAGGGUUUCUUUCGGGGGGGUGGGGCUGUGCCCCCAGGGGAAAGCCAAGCCCCCCCCCCGGAGAAAAAAUAUGUCCAACAAUAAAUCAACUGGAACUGAUGGCACUGCCCUCCCCCGAAAAUCUUCCCCCCCCAAAAUAUAGAGUGCCCCCCCCCCCCCCCCGGGGAAAAUUUCUGAGAGAAACACUGUUUAUUUAUGUCCAGAAGUCAUGACCUAUCUGGCAAGAUAACAUCCAAUUUUCAUUGUUCUGUUUGAUUUUUAAAAUUGGAACAGCAAUACUGAGUUCAUUUAGGUCAGGGGUCGGGGAACCUUUUUGUCUGAGAGAGCCAAGGACACCACAUAUUUUGAAAAGUAAUUUUGUGAGUGCCAUACAUUAUGUUUAAAACUAAAAAUUCAAGUAAAUGUGUGCAUUUUGUGUAAUUUCAACACUAAAAAUGCCGUAAUUAUGUCUCUGAGUUCUUUUAAUAACAUUGUUAUGCUGUUGAUCAAUAAUGUGUGUUUCUUAUCAUUAAUGCGACUUUUAUUUUUAUAAUCGAUCAUUUGUCUGCACGCCAGAUGCAGCCAUCAAUAGAGCCACAUCUGGCUCGCGAGCCAUAGGUCCCCGACCCCUGAUCUAGAAGUUUUUAGCAUCGUUAGUGUCCAGAAUCUACACCGUCCCAACCCAUGUGUGCUAUGUUAUGGCCUGAAGUAGGGUUUUCCAAAACUGAAAUGUUUGUGCUAUUCAAAAGAUUGUAGGAUGUAAAAGAAUGCAUGUAUAAAUAAUGUAACGUAUGAGAUAAUAACGGAGGUAAUUUUAAAAAAAAAAAGUCUCAAUUUGAAGCUUUAGCGUACUCUGGUACUUUACACGUGUCCUAUUUCCAUACCUUCAUUAUUUAAAGUACCAGGCCGACGGGUUUGUCAUUCCUGUUAUCAGGUCUGCUUUGAAAACUGGAUUCAAAGAAAUUAAAUUAAUUCCUAAAAAGACCAAAGACAUAUUGAUACAAUUAUUUACCGUAUAUGCGAUUUAGCGUCAAAUCACAAUGAACUUUAUUUACUGGCCAUCUCCGGCAAAUGAAGUUUGUUUACAAGAAAUUACAAAAACCGAUAGUACUCAUUUUCAUUGCAAGAUAAAAAAAGCAUCGAUCACCAUGUCCCAAUGCCACUAAGGCUAGUAAAUAGGGCUGAUUUUUCUUUUAUGAAUUAGGAUUCCUAACAACUGCGCUAAAUGAGAUUUUAAAAAUAACGCAAGAGCGUCUGGUGCGUAACAUUUUCUUUUUUUUUAAAAUGAAAUAGUCUCAACUUAAUUAGGCUAAAAUAAAUCUGCUAUGUAAAAGUGUUUUGGGGGUGGAGGGGAGUAUUAAUUAUAACGUUAAUUGAGUUAACUGGCGGUGGCGUACCAGGAGAGCUAUAGAACACAAUUGGGAAUCGUGUCAGGUGCGCUUCUUGAAUGCAUGCUUUGUCAGUUAACUUUUGUAGAUGGGAAAUCCACUUAAAGCGACUGCCAUUUUUUAGCGGGAUACAGCGAGUAUAAAUAUAACAGAGUGAUUCCGUGAACGAAAGCUAAACCUUGGGUUAAAUAUUUUAUUUUUAAUUAAGUGUUACCAUUUUUAUUUGAUCAGACCAAAUCAGGACUUCGGAGAUGAAGAUGGAAGACAACAAAAUAAACUUCGAAAAAAUAUUGCAAGCGACUAAUGAAGUUGGUAUAGACGUGGAAGAUCUGAAAGAGAAGCAGGCAAAGAAGGACGGUGAAUUAGAGAUAUUGAACAAAAACGUGAGAACCCUGAAGGUUCGGCAAAAGAAAAACGACAAGGAUUUGCUUGAAAAGCUAGUGGUUCUCCAAGGUAUGAAUUAUGGUCAUCGAGGAAGCUACAGUUUUCAUUUUAAAUGUUGGUUAACGUUAAAAAAACAACAACAAUAAAAUAUUUUUCUUUUUAUUUGGAAAUAUAUGGGUUUUAUUUUUAUUUUUAAAAGGGAAUGUUAGCGCUUGGAUAAAGAUGAGAUACUAUUUCGUGCAUAUUUUGUUUUUAAAAUCGGACGGGAUAUGAGUAAAUGCAAACGUUGUUUUUUUACAGAUAAGAACUAGCCAUCGUUAUUUAACAUAUUAUAUCCAUUGUGCAUUAUUCUUCAUAAUUCAAGUUGAUGAACUUGUACAACUUUCGUACAUAGAUUAACUACCGUAAUCUUUAUCGCCAUAUUUAUAAAACAGAGGUGUUUCUCAUAGUUUUUGUUCCUCACAUCACUCGGUGUUUUAAAAAAAAAAAAAAAAUUAUCUAUUUGAUGUGUUACCCCAGAGGAAAAACCUGGAAAAGAAGACAUAGACAGAAUGAUCCAGGAGCGUUCAGAGAAAACAGAAAAAAUGUUGACAACUCUCACUGGUUUAGCGAGACGCAUACUGAAUAAAGAGAGAUAUGAAGGAGGUGAGUAAUUUAAAAUGUUUACAGAGUGACGGGGGGGGGGGGGGGGUGGCGGUUUAGUUUGCUUUCUUUGUUGUUUUUUUUCAAAUGGCAAUAGAGAAAUUCUGAGGGCGUUCUGAAUGAAAGUAUUCUACAUUAAAUUUAUAUGGCGCAAAAAAUGUCAUUUUUAAAAAUCUUUAUUUUUCUUAAUGUUAAAGAGCUAAUCUAAUAUGUAAAUCUUCUUCUUCUUCUAUAUUUUGAGGGUCCACGAUUAAUGUAUUGAUCAUUCAGGCUCCUAUGUUUCAGGGGGGUCCGCGAUGGAACUGUGCAUGGUUUUGAAAGGGGUUACAUUAUGUUAAAGAAUAACGUACACGUUUUAAAAUAACAAAUAUAACAAUACGUUACCUUGCUUUCAUUCACAGGAGAGUCAUAGCCGAGUGGACAACAUAUUUCAAUGCUGGAACAAAUUUAUAUUUAAACAAAAAAAUGCAUAAAUAUUAUGAGAUAUUUAAAAUGAUUUUCUGCAUAUUAUGAUAAAAAAACUUGUCUAUUGUUUUCUGCAUCAUUAAGAUGUAGUUAAACUCAUUUGGCUUUUCUAUGUGUCUGCAUCUUUAGAAAUAGCAAACCUUAUAUGUCGUUUUCUAUGCGUCUGCAUCAUAAAAAAAUAGCAAAACUCAUCUAUCGUAUUCUACAUGUCUGAUGUGUUUAACACGUCAAGAUAUUUUACAUAGAUUAUCCACUGUAAUAAGUCUGUAAUAAAUAACAAUAGUGUAUUACAACACAUUAUUGACUAUACGUAUUUCGUUACAUUGAACCAGUAUAAGACAAGCAAGUGAUCUUGCUCUACUUUUUUGAUCCACGCCUACUCUGGAUGUCAUGUCCACAGUAGGGCACCCGAUUAAUAAAGACGCGAAGAGAUCCUUUGAAUGUCUUAGAAGGUGAUAUCUCGGUGUUGAAUACACUUUUUUCAUUUCAUUUAUUAACGCUUAACAUGAAUAGAUUUAUAGAGAAAAAUGUAAAUAAACUUUAGCAAUAUCCACAUUAUUAGUACCAGAUUAUUUUACAAGAAACAAAUCUUAUGUCGGUUUGGGAGUUUGCACGUGUGCUUCUUAUGCUCAGGUCACGUGAUCAAAUUUUCGUCAAAUAUGUUCCAACAUAGUCCGUUCAAAAAUAAAUUUGACCACAAUUGGAAGAAAAUUUGAUCGCCAGAACUGAGCGUAGAUGUCUUAAUUCAAUAGGAAAAAAUUAAUUCUUCUGAAUUUCUUAUAGAAGUGUGGUUUUAAAACCCUUAAGUAGAUUAAAAGAAUAAAGUUUUUAUAUUAUUGCAAUUAAUUAAUAAAGCGUUAAAAAUGAGCUUUUCGGCCAACAUCCAAGAGAGUUACUGCAAUCCCAGAUGAUGAGAUAGCCAGGCCAAUACCUUUUCGUGAUCGUAUGGUUGCCAAAAAAUGUGAAAUGAGAAAAGAUUUGCCUGUGCUUGUGCAUUUAGUAAAUACAAUAAUAAUAAUAAUAAAAAUGUUUAUUUCAAAAACACAAUCAGCCACAAUAGGAUGAAUUGUAUAGGAGCGCAUACGGAACAUAUUUAUUUAUA